CCCGCCCGCCGGCGCCGCACCUGCCCUCCGAGGCUGGGGUCCGACGCCCGGUCGGAGCAGGCGGCCCGCGACGCCCCGGCAGGAGGAGGCCCGCGCCAUGGCCGCCCGGCUGGGCGCGCUCGCCGCGUCGGGGCUGUACCGGCGGCGCCAGCACCGGCAGAGCCCGCCGCCCUCCGCGCCCGGUAACAUGUCCAACGCCUUGGCCAACGCGGUGUGCCAGCGCUGCCAGGCCCGCUUCGCCCCCGCCGAGCGCAUUGUCAACAGCAACGGAGAGCUGUACCACGAGCACUGCUUCGUGUGCGCCCAGUGCUUCCGGCCCUUCCCCGAGGGGCUCUUCUACGAGUUCGAAGGUCGGAAGUACUGCGAACACGACUUCCAGAUGCUGUUUGCCCCGUGCUGUGGGUCCUGCGGUGAGUUCAUCAUCGGCCGCGUGAUCAAGGCCAUGAACAACAACUGGCACCCUGGGUGCUUCCGCUGCGAGCUGUGCGACGUGGAGCUGGCCGACCUGGGCUUUGUGAAGAACGCAGGCAGGCACCUGUGCCGACCCUGCCACAACCGCGAGAAGGCUAAGGGCUUGGGCAAGUACGUCUGUCAGCGCUGCCACCUGGUCAUCGACGAGCAGCCCCUCAUGUUCAGGAACGACGCCUACCACCCGGACCACUUCAGCUGCACCCACUGCGGGAAGGAGCUGACUGCGGAGGCCCGGGAGCUGAAGGGCGAGCUCUACUGUCUGCCCUGCCAUGACAAGAUGGGGGUCCCCAUCUGUGGGGCCUGCCGUCGGCCCAUCGAGGGCCGCGUGGUCAACGCGCUGGGAAAGCAGUGGCACGUGGAGCACUUUGUCUGCGCCAAGUGUGAGAAGCCCUUCCUGGGGCACCGGCACUACGAGAAGAAGGGCCUGGCCUACUGUGAGACCCACUACAACCAGCUCUUCGGGGACGUCUGCUACACCUGCAGCCACGUGAUCGAGGGCGACGUGGUGUCGGCCCUCAACAAGGCCUGGUGUGUGCACUGCUUCUCCUGUUCCACCUGCAACAGCCGGCUCACCCUGAAGAACAAGUUUGUGGAGUUUGACAUGAAGCCUGUGUGUAAGAGGUGCUACGAGAAGUUCCCCCUGGAGCUGAAGAAGCGGCUGAAGAAGCUGUCGGAGCUGGCGGCCCGCAGGGCUCAGCCCACGUCCUCCGGCCUCCACCCCGCCUGAGAGGCCCGCCCUCAGGCCCACCGCCCAGCUUCCUGCUCAUCCCUCCUUGCUCCCCAGGGCAGCUUCACUCCCACCCCAGCUGCGGACCUGUGGCCUCCUCCUCCUCCUCCUCCCUCUGGCCCCUCCCCUCC